GUGCCGCCUCCGCGCCUCUGCUGCCACCUGCGCUGUCCUUGCGCUCGCCCCCUUCGCGUGCGUUUCGGCACCGCUGCGCUGUGGGCCAGAGCCGGCCGAAGCGGGCCGCCGACCCCACGAGGAACAGCGGCCCCCGGGGCUGGGCCCUGCAGUCCAUUGAUGACUUGAACAAAUGGGCCCUGUUUCUUGUCUCUCCCUUUAUACUUGAAGCAGAACACAUAGCAUUUGUGACAGAGAGCAUUUGGGUUCAAGGUGACAGUUUACAGAGACCAUCUUCUGAAACAAGCAAAUUUGAAGUGUCCUGUUUGCUUUUAACCGCUGGAAAGCAGAUCCCCCCACCCCUGGACGAAGUAUCAGUGACAGUGCGGCUUCACUUUGAUCAGAGCACGCAGCGCUACCUGAAGGAGUUCGCAUGGUCUGUGGCUCAGGGAUUGCGUUCCUAGAGACAGGAAGCGCACUUAGAUCGUGAAGUGGUCUGACUGCUGCUUGCCGUUAGCCUGCAGACCUGGGGAUCCCUACCAGCUAAUUGCUGAAGCAAGUGUGGACAACUUCAGCAAGCUGGGAGUGGCAUUCAUGGAAGACAGACUCCAGAUGGAUAAUGGACUGGUGCCCCAAAAGAUCGUCUCCGUGCACUUGCAAGACUCUGCUCUGAAGGAACUCAAGGAUCAGGCUGUACACAAGCAAGCCCAAGUCCUACAGCCAAACCCUGAACCCUCCCUGGAGACCAAGCCUGCACGGGACUUUAUGGAGCACCCUGGCAAGGAUGACCCAAAGGCUCUUCCAGAAGGUUCUUCUCUUCCAGAAGGUUCUUCCAAGCCGAGGAGGGGCAGUGCCUCUGGGAGUGAGCCUCCUGGGGACAGUGAGCAGGGAGCGGGCCCUCUGGAGCAUUUUCACCUCCACCUGUCUAGUUGCCACGAAUGCUUAGAGCUUGAGAAUAGCACCAUUGAGUCGGUCAAGUUUGCAUCUGCAGAGAACAUUCCAGACCUUCCCUAUGAUCAUGGCAGCAGUUUGGAGGGUGUUGCCGAUGAGAUCUGCCCUAAAGAAGAAGGGAGGAGAGUCAACAUCACGGGAAAGGCACCCAACAUCCUUCUGUACGUAGGCCCCGACUCCCAGGAGGCCCUCGGGCGGCUUCAGCAGGUGCGGGCCAUCCUGGCUGACUGUGUGGACGCUGACAGCUAUGUUCUGUACCACCUGCAGGAGGAAAGUGUGCUCAGGGACCCAUGGCCAGACAACUGUCUGUUGUUGGUCAUUGCCACCAGGGAGCCCAUCCCUGAAGACCUGUACCAGAAGUUCCUAGCCUAUCUUUCUCAGGGAGGGAAGGUACUGGGCCUGUCUUCAUCCUUCACGUUUGAUGGCUUGCAGGUGACAAGCAAGGGUGUGCUGCAGAAGACAGUCCAGAGCCUGGUUUUCUCCAAGGCUGACCAGAGCGAGGUGAAGCUCAGCGUUCUGAGCAGUGGCUGUGUUUAUGAGGAGGGCCCCGGGAAGCAGCUCAGCCCUGGAAAGCUCCAGGGCCACCUGGACAAUGAGGACAAGGACAGGAUGAUCAUGCAAGUGCCUUUUGGAACUUGCGGAGGGGAAGCCAUUCUUUGCCAGGUGCACUUAGAACUACCUCCCAGCUCCUUCAUGGUGCAGACCCAAGAAGACUUCGACCUGCUGAAAUCCAGCAACAUGAGAAGAUACGAAGUCCUCCAGGAGAUCCUCUCGGCCCUGGGUGUCAGCUGUGACCUGCGAGAAGCUCCUGCCUUAACGCCCCUGUACCUGCUAUUGGCUUCGGAGGAAAUCCGGGAUCCGAUUCUGCAGUGGCUUGGGAGACAUGUUGAUCCUGAAGGAGUAAUAACAUCCAGCAAGCUGUCCCUCAAAUUUGUUUCAUCUUACACAUCUGAAAUAGAAAUCACCCCCUCUUCUCUACCUGUGAUUACCGAGGCAGAGGCCUUCUCGUCAGAGCAUUUUAACUUAGAGAUCUAUCGACAAAAUCUGCAGACCAAGCAGCUUGGAAAAAUAAUUCUGUUUGCUGAAGUGACCCCCACCACCAUGAAUCUGCUGGAUGGGUUGAUGUUUGAGAUGCCACAGGAAAUGGGCUUAAUUGCCAUUGCAGUCCGGCAAACCCAGGGCAAAGGGCGGGGACCGAAUGCCUGGCUGAGCCCCGUGGGCUGUGCCCUUUCUACUGUGCUGGUCUCCAUCCCCCUGAGGUCUCAGCUGGGACAGAGGAUUCCGUUUGUGCAGCACCUGAUGUCCCUCGCCGCUGUGGAGGCAGUGCGGUCCAUUCCCGAGUAUCAGGAUAUCAACUUGCGAGUGAAGUGGCCCAACGAUAUUUAUUACAGUGACCUUAUGAAGAUCGGAGGAGUUCUGGUUAACUCAACCCUUAUGGGAGAAACAUUCUAUAUACUUAUUGGCUGUGGAUUCAAUGUAACCAACAGUAAUCCUACCAUCUGCAUCAAUGAUCUCGUCACAGAAUACAAUAAGCAGCACAAUGCAGCACUGAAGCCCCUGCGAGCAGAUUACCUCAUCGCCAGGACGGUGACGGUGCUGGAGACACUGAUCCACACGUUCCAGGACAAAGGGCCCAAUGGUGUUCUUCCCCUUUAUUACAAAUACUGGAUACACAGCGGUCAACAAGUCCGCCUGGGAAGUGCCGAGGGGCCGAAGGUGUCCAUAGUGGGCCUCGAUGACUCCGGGUUCCUGCAGGUUCAUCAGGAGGGCGGUGAGGUGGUGACUGUGCACCCGGACGGCAACUCCUUCGACAUGCUGCGGAACCUCAUCCUGCCCAAGCGGCGGUAGAGCAGGAGCUGGGUGGCGCGUGUCUGCAGAUGGCAGGGGCCUGGCAGAGCCACACAGGUGCUCUGCGGGUGUCGCUGCCGCCUUUCCUCACCAGGGGAGCUGGAAGACUCAUGUAGAGUUCUAGGUGGAUUGUUUUUCUCCCUCCAAGUCAUUUCAUAAUUCAUUAUUUUUUUUUCUAUAUUUCUGGGCUUUUCUGAUUAUUUUGUGGUUGUUAUUUUAUCAGGUAUUUGAUGGUACUUCUAGAUAGAGGGUUGACAGGUGGAAGAUUCAGUGUAGGUAAAGCCCCUCGACAGGUGUGAAAUCACUCUUCCCCUUUGGGCUUGAAUUUGUGUUUAUUGGGGGGGAAAUGUUAUGUGGAAACAGCAAAGGACUAAGUCAGAUGCUCUCCCAGGAGAGGAGACCUUUACCACCAGGCUAUUAAGAAGCAAAUCAAGGGCUGGGGCUGGGGCUCAGGUGUAGAGCACCUAGCACUUAGGAAGGCGCUAGGUUUGAUUCUCAGCACCACAUAGGAAUAAAUAAAUAAAAUAAAGGUAUUGUGUCCAUCUAUAACAUACAUACAUACAUACACACACACACACACACACACACAUAUAUAUAUACACACACAUACACACAUACAUACACAUAUAUAUACUGUAGAUUUAAAAAAAAGGCAAAUCAAAACAUGGCAGUCCAGGCCAGUGGUGGGUUAGAGGUAUCUGAUCACUGUCCCUGAGCAUCCAGGGAGAGAUUUUCCCACCAGAACAGACAGUGGCACUUAAUUAUUUUACAUUUGUGUUUGUGAAGAAAAGAGAAGGCAGGCUUCCAAGAGUUGCUCUCCACUGUGGUGGCCCCGUAACCAUGUCUGCAGGCUUAGAGAGGCAUCCAGCUGGCGUGGUCGCAGUGACUUGUAGAGGAAAUCAGUCAAGUACUUCGACAUUAUUUUAUGUGCUCUUCUUCCCAAGUUCAAGUUUACUGCAUAUUCUGAAGAGAUUUGAUCAAGUUCAAGAUCUUUUAAGCAUCGGUGGGGCACUACUUAGAGGCAGGAGUAGAUGCUUGGGCUCUAACAGCUGGAGAUGAAGGUUCAGUUUCACACUCAGGGAGGAUUUUUAAAGCUUUUAAACCAAUUUCAGGCUCAUUUCAAAAUGUGUAGCAUUCCUACAAGACCACGCAGUACACAGAGGAUCCAAUCCAUGGCAUUGCGUUUGUAAGGUGUUUUGCCCCCUGUUUCCGUAUAUUGCCAAGAGAGAAAAUGAUGUUGAAACUGAGUGCCAUCAGUUCAGAGAGAGAGAGAGAGAGAGGGAGUAUGUGUGUGUGGGGGUGUCUCUCUCCAUGUGUGUGCGUGUGCGUGUGUGGCUUUAAAAGAAAACCUUCAAAAUCCAAUGUGCUAAAAGUCUCCAUGGAAGAACAAAGGGAAGGAAGCCUUUGUAUCUUGGCCAUUUCCAGAUGUACCCACACUUUUUCCAUACAACUCCUAUCUCUGUUGAGCGUAUGAAUCACACCCAUUACUUUUCAGCCUUAAAGAGCCAAUUUUUGUCCCCUCUUCUCUCUUCCUGCCAGUCCCAAUUGAAGUUAGUGGAAAGAAAACUUGAUGGAGCCCUCAGCUUUGAACAAAAUCCCCUCAUUGUAAACUAGCACCGUCUUUAUCCAGGUCUUACGCAGUCAGGCUAAUUCCAGAAACUUGCGGUUUUCAGUAUAAAAAUCUGUCUACCUUUAGUCAGACACAGACAGCCCCAUAGGAGGAAAAAAAUAACAUGUUUCAUUAAGUACACCAAUCCAAUAUGUGUCUUUUGGAAAUGUAACUUUUUUUAAAAAAGAACUUCAAAAGUAAUUUUUGCAAAUAAGGCUCCGAUUAGAAUUAUUUUUCUUUAAAAAAAAAAAUCACUUUCUCUUAAAUGCCCAGGUCUUCUUUUGGAAUUAGUGAUGAGUUAAAAUAAAAGUCACACCACCCCAAAAUUGGAAAAUGGACUCACCCUUGAGAGGGAGUCUGCAGAAUAUCAUCAAGGACAAAGAUCUCCAGCUAAUGUUGCAAGUUUCAUUUCUUAAACUUUGUAAUAUAAGGCCAGUCAUCCCUCAGAGCUGGCGUUUUGAAUUUUGAAUUUCUUUGGGGGAUUAUUUAAUGAAAAACAUGCUAUGUUUUUGUUUUAAGCUGAAGGCCUAUUCUGGACAGUUCUGCUUUGGGAAAAAAAUGUUAUCAUUUAAUUUCCUUUCUGUAAAUUAAAACUAAUGAAGUGUGGCCAUGUCAAAGCAGCCGGAGAUGUUGUGGGCGCACUGCUUGGCCUCAGCAAUUGAGCUUUUUAAGGGUACUCUUGCUCGUCAGGACAUCGAGUUGUCUUGAGGGAGACAAAAUAGACAUGAAGCAGAUGCUAUGUUUUCCAUAAACCUGGUUUUGCCUCACACAAACCAAAGACUUGGAAUUUCUGCCGAAUGCAGAGAAUGAAGGCGUACAGUAGAGCUGGGGAAGUCUGCCAGAGGCUACCCACACUCUACAACUGGGGGAUUUCUGUGCUCAGCAAUCUGGCAUCUCAAGGAGCUUUAAAGUCUUCAUGGAAACUUUGUGUUUCCUCAUAACUUUUCAUCCGUAGCCACUAAACUGUAGAUCACUAGAUUGUCCCCCAGUUUCAUUGAGUGCCUCCAGGUUUUGUUAAAAGGCGAGGUAUCCCCACUUCUGGACUGGUGAGGAAAUGCUCCAGAACAGGACACACAGCGGGAAGGGGCUUUCAUAUGGCCCCCUGAAGCAAGGUGAGCAUGCUGUCAGGGACGUAGAGGAAGGAGGAAGGAUUUGGGUCUGGUGGAUCAUGCCAUAGAACAUCGGCGUGACCUGACACGGGAGCAAGUAGCCUGCCUAUCCAGCCUCGGUGAGGGGUGGAUGCACAGGUCUGUGAAAGCCAAGGGACUGCAGCCUCUGGUGGCCCCUGACCCCCAAUAUACUGUACGAUGGCCUCUCACUCUAGUGUCUGGGAGCAGCCAGCCUCACAGAGUGCAAAGGAGAUUCCAGAGGGGGCCAAGAGGAGGCCAGUGGGGCUUCCCUUCUCUCCAUCUGCUGGCUCUCACAGACAGGAAUGGCAGAAUCCUUAUUUCCAGGUCAUUACUAUGCAUCUUUAAAAUAAAAGGAAAUGUAAACCUUUGCUUUUUUUUUUUUUUUUUUAGCUUUUCAAAGAAUCAUCUGUGAAAAGAAUCACUUUAAACCAAUGCCUAUAAAAAGCAAGUCUACCAAAAUAAACUCUAUGUACUUUCUCUAUGUUUUGAGUUUGUUCGUAUUUCUACUACACAUUUAAUUUUUUUAAAUAGGCACUUGUUUUAGUUACAGUAUUUUAUGUUUAUAUUUAAAGACUUUUUUACAAAAUAAAUUAAGUUUUACGUAAUAAGGAAUAUGGAUGUAUUUCUAAAUAUUAAGAAGCUUGAUGUGUUUUUGUUUUUAUGUAUUUUUGACAAAAGAGCAAUCUUGUUAUUCCAAAGAAAAAAAUUAGCAAAGGUUAAAAGAAAACAACAACAACAACAACAAAGCUUUAGUGGUGAUGAGAAAGAAAUCUAACAACUUCUAGAUUCUGUUCUUUUAGGGCUUUUCUUUUGUGAAAACUGUUCAACUUUUGUCAAAAGCUUUCCCCCCAAGAUUUUAAUCUUACAUAGCAUAUACCUAAGCUCAGGAACACAUUGACCCAUGCAUCUUAAAUAACCAACAGACUAUGAUUCACCAAAAUUUUAAGCUACUGUAAUUUUAUGGCAUUUAUUUGAAAAUGUUCUUUGGCUUCCCAUCUUAUCAGAAGUAGCCCCCGCAGUCUACUUCAAUGUACACUUCCAAUAAAUUACAACCUGGGUGAAUUUUA